GCCCAAAAGGUGGACGGCCGAUAAGCACUGGUUCAAGAAUUCUAAGCCGACACGAUCAUACCAUGCGCCUCUUGACCACUCCUUUCGGCUCCUUCUGCGACACCAACGCUGCCAAAUCCAUUGCUGCUCCUCGCAAUAACAAAUCCAGCAAAAACAGUAUUUAUCGCUAUCAAGCCUGCGUCUCUGCUCCGUACUCGUCUUCCAACCCUGCUCGAGCUGCAACUUUUUCCAGGAACGCUCGUUUCUGCUCAUACUUUCCCACUGUAUUUUCAGAUAUGGAUGGAAGUCCUAGUUCUUCUUUGUUACCAUUACAACGCUGUAAAAUAUUACACCUGGUUAGACACGCUCAAGGGAUACACAAUGUAGAAGGUGAGAAGAACCAUAAUGCAUACUUGUCUCCUGAACUCUUUGAUGCCCAUCUUACCCCACUAGGGUGGGACCAAGUUGAUAAUUUGCGUAGGCAUGUCAUUGCAUGUGGACUUUCUAAGAAGAUUGAUCUGGUUAUCACUUCCCCUUUGUUGAGAACCAUGCAAACUGCAGUUGGAGUCUUUGGAGGUGAAGCUUUUGUGGAUGGAGUGAAAGGGAAACCCUUAAUGGUUGAAAAUGCAGGCAAUAGUGGUCGUCGAGCUAUUUCAAGUUUGGAUGGUCUGCCUUUUAUAGCUGUUGAGGCAUGCAGGGAACAUUUGGGUGUUCACCCAUGUGAUAGGAGGAGAACCAUAAGGGAAUAUCAGACACUUUUCCCUGCAGUUGAUUUUUCACUGAUCGAAAGUAAUGAAGAUACCUUAUGGGAACCUAAUGUGAGAGAGCCAAAUGAAGAGGUUGCAAUUAGGGGAAUGAAAUUCAUUAACUGGUUAUUAACAAGAAGAGAGACAGAAAUAGCAGUCAUUACACAUAGUGGAUUUUUGUUCCAUACACUGAAUAAAUUUGGUAAAGAUUUCCAUCCACUAAUCAAAGAUGAAAUCUGCAAACACUUUGGCAAUUGUGAGCUCCGUUCGAUGGUCAUAGUUGAUAAAAGCUUGCUUGGUUUUGGAACUGAUCGCACCAAUUUUCCUGGAAGGAUUCCCCGAGGGCUUGAUCUUCCCAGUGACAUUGCACAUGACAAGCACCCGAAUGCGACCGGCGACCAUUAACCUCUUCUGCAACUCUGUUUCGCCGACGAUGUCGACCAUUUAUUACCUGAUAUUUUGUUCAUCAUGCCAUUGAAGUAGUUGCUUACAGGCUCAUUAUAGAUGCCCUUAUUUUUAUGGCUGAUUCAAGCCAUUAUUUUUAUCUGUCCUCAACUUCAUAUUUGCCCAACUUGAUGGACAUGAUUCCUCUUAUUUUUUCAUCUAACUACUACUUGACCUUGAACAAUAGCACAGGGGAGCUAUCUUAUCUUUAUUUCUACAUCUCUAUGAAUUUCGAAGGGAUUAUUUUGUUGGAUUACUUUAGAGUAUAAAGUACUUCAAAUACAAACAUUUUAUAAAUU